UUGGGACUUUUCUGGGUCCUCCGUUUAGACAACUUGCUUGGACCACUCCUGCGGGUCUCCUCCAGGGUGGAGUUUCGUUCUCUAUUCCGCCCCAGAAACUACACUUCCCGGCAGGCUCAACGCCCGCACCGACGCACUUCCUCCCGGCGUCCCCCGCGGCGGGAAGGAGCCGAGCGGGCUCGAGGCCGACGCGACCAGCUUUCGUCGCCGUCGCCGUCACCGCUCUGAGAGGAGUCGUCGCGGCCGUCCCUGCCGCCCUCGCCGGCCACCAUGUCCGCCCAGGCGCAGAUGCGGGCCCUGCUGGACCAGCUCAUGGGCACGGCCCGGGACGGUUCAGUGUAUCUUUGCCUGCCUACAUCAAUCUGCAAGGGAGUUGCAGAAAAGCCUCAUGUUCAUCGAGCCGAGACGAAACCAGACAGAGGGUCAAGUUUACAGAUGACCGUGUCUGCAAGAGUCACCUUCUGGACUGCUGCCCUCAUGAUAUCCUGGCUGGGACGCGCAUGGAUUUAGGAGAAUGUACCAAAAUCCACGACUUGGCCCUCCGAGCAGAUUAUGAAAUUGCAAGUAAAGAAAGGGACCUGUUUUUUGAAUUAGAUGCGAUGGAUCACUUGGAGUCCUUCAUCGCGGAGUGUGACCGCAGAACUGAGCUUGCCAAGAAGCGGCUGGCAGAGACACAAGAGGAGAUCAGUGCGGAAGUUUCUGCGAAGGCAGAAAAAGUACAUGAAUUGAAUGAAGAAAUAGGAAAACUUCUUGCUAAAGCUGAGCAACUGGGAGCUGAGGGAAAUGUGGAUGAAUCCCAGAAGAUCCUUAUGGAAGUGGAGAAAGUCCGUGCAAAGAAAAAAGAAGCUGAGGAAGAAUACAGAAAUUCCAUGCCUGCAUCCAGUUUUCAACAGCAGAAGCUGCGUGUCUGUGAGGUCUGUUCGGCCUACCUUGGCCUCCACGACAAUGACCGUCGUCUUGCAGACCACUUCGGGGGCAAGUUACACUUGGGGUUCAUUCAGAUCCGAGAGAAGCUUGAUCAGUUGAGGAAAACUGUGGCUGAAAAGCAGGAGAAGAGAAAUCAGGAUCGACUGAGGAGGAGAGAGGAGAGAGAGCGGGAGGAGCGACUGAGCAGGAGGUCUGGAUCAAGAACCCGAGAUCGAAGGAGGUCACGCUCCCGGGAUCGGCGUCGCAGGAGGUCCAGAUCUACCUCCAGGGAGCGACGAAAGUUGUCCCGGUCCCGGUCCCGAGACAGACACCGGCGCCACCGCAGCCGUUCCCGGAGCCACAGCCGGGGCCACCGCCGGGCUUCCAGGGACCGGAGUGCGAAAUACAAGUUCUCCAGAGAGCGGGCACCGAGGGAGGAAUCCUGGGAGCAUGGGCGCAGUGAGCGAGGGGCCGCUGACUGGAGGCUGGAGAGCUCCAACGGGAAGACAGCUUCGCGGAGGUCGGAGGAAAAGGAGGCUGGCGAGAUCUGAACCUACAUCUGGGCCUGUAAAUAAUCUGAUAAACAUUCGACACAGCCUAAAGUUACCCUUUAUAUUUGCUGAAUACAACUCAUCUUUUGUAGUUUACAAUUUCUAUUGUUUUGGAGCUAGCUGUGAGUUUCUAGAGAUGUACAGAGUUGCUCCUGUGUUCUGGGGUUAUGUUGAGUAGGAAUAAAUAAAUCUGACAGACGGCCUCCUUA